GGCAAUUGAUGGCUGCCUCUUUGCCCUGAUGAUAAUAUACUUUCAUCUUUCAGAAAACAAAGGCAAGAAGAGGGCUGAAAGACCACCAAAGUCUUGGAUUGCGAACUGGACUAAGGAGCAGUUGGUGAAAAGAAUGACUGCAGAAAGAGAGGAAAUUUUGGUAAGUAAACAUAAUAUGUUGGUUGUAUUUUAUUUACCUGAAUGCUGCUAGCUAAAAUAUCUCAUGUUUCAGGGGAUUGUGAAGAUGGCGGAGACAAGAGCAAGAGAAAAAAUGAAAAAAAAGGAAAAAAAAGAAAAAAAAAACAAGAAAUAAAAAAAAACAAAAAAAGGAAGGCGAGUCCAACAUCGUCUUCGGAGACAGAAACAGCUACUGACAGUGACACUUCUACCUCUAAGUCUGAGACUCAACAAGACUCAGAGGAUUCAGCAAGAAAACACCCCAGCAAAAAGGGGAAAAAAAUGGACUCCAGAAAAAGAAAGCAGAGGCAAGAGGAGCCAGAUUCUGAUUCAGAAUCUGAAUCUGAACAAAGUGAUGAGAGCGAAGAAUCAUCACCUGCAGAGAAGGAGAAGGAGAAGAAAAAAACAAAAACAACACCAAAAAAGUAAGCACUUCUUUGCAUAAUAUUCUGUGAUAAAAUUAAUUUUUUAUUUCUGAUUGGUACUCUUUUUUUUUCACCCAGAACACAACCAAAAAAGAAAAAAGUUGUUGUGGAGGAUUCACCUCCUAAAGAAGAUCAAUACUUUGAUGGGUACAGUACCUCGUAAGCUAUAUUACCGUCUAUCAUCGUAGCUAUUUUUGUUAACAUCUUCUUUUAUGAAUGUAGUGAGACAUAUGAAAUAUCAAGUGACGAACUGGAUGAAUG